CUGCGAACAAAAGACACAACUCCCCCGUUCUUUCUGAGACUGGACUGCACAUCGAGAUAUAAUAAAAGAGGAGGCGAAAUCACGUGAUUUUGAGCGACACCGGGUACGCUAUAUUGAUGACUGACUUCUGUCAAAGUUAUGUGAAAGUGCGUUAUGCGAGCUUUUGUGAUACUGUUUGCACAAAUUGAUGAAUAUUAUUAUGGUGUCUUGUGCUCUACGGAGUUGUGCAAGUCGGACUGAAAUGGAUAAAAAGAAUACAACAGGAUAAACUUUCCAUAGGCUAGUAUAAACAUAUUACAGAGACGUAGCUAGAUUCCCUAAAAACGCUGACCGUUGCCAACUUUGGGUGAAAUUUGUUAAUAGGGGUGAAUGGACACCUACAAGAUCUAGUGUUAUUUGCUCGAAAUAUUUUUCUGAGAAGUCAUUCGAUAGAACAUCAAAAUGUUAUGUUAAUCUCAAACCAAAUGCUGUUCCGACAAUACAUCCAAACCAGGAAGAUUCACCACCUGCCAAGAUACUACUACUAUCAAAUACAGUAUUAAGACCUAAUUUCGACUCAUCCCUUCUACAGAAACAAACAGUUAGUAUAAGACAUCAUAGCAAUAAGCUUGUAUUAUUUAGAGGACAGUAAUCAAUUAAUCUGUAAUCUAUGUAUUUAUGUAAAGAUUAUUUCCAAACCUCAUUUUUAUUUAUGUAGGCACGCAAAAAC